ACUUCCGGAAGAUACACGACAGUCAAGAAGGAAAGGAUUGACUCUACAAUUAUUUCUGUAUUUACAAUCAAACAAUCGUCGCUUAUAUUUAUUGUUAGUGUAAAUAAUAGUGUCAAAAGUCGAGCAGUUAACAACUGCUAAAAUGAACGGUACAAUAUCAAUGAUGUCCACACAAAACAAUUCAGAAUCACCAAGCAAGAAAUUCCGAGCAGAAGAUGUUACAGCGGAGAGACAGUACAGAUUCUGUGGCCUUCGACUGAGCUGUGAUCAUGUGCGUGCGCCAAGCAAAGAAAGAGAACGCUACAUACGUUGAACAAAACAAAAACAAACUCCUACUGACACUGAGUCAAAAAAAUAAUUGAUAGAUAUCGUGUGUCACCCGUGUCACCUGUCUCGGGAAUUCCUCAGCCCUGAUGCAAAAUAUUCCAAUUUGAAAAACGGCAAAAUUUUCAUGCUGCGUUACCAACGUGUUCUGAUUUCUGUUUCAGAGACUAGCAGAAACAAAUUGGUCUGUAAAAAAGUAAAAAGUCAAACUUGAAAGUCCAAAUAGGUCGUGUCAUGUAGGUAAUUGGUCUCACUGCAAAAGAAAAGUGCUAAAUUAGAGCUGAUUUCAGUAUUAAAAUGUGUAGAAAAAUCGGAGCUAAAUACUAAUUUAGCCUUUCUUUUCGUAGUGCUUGAAAAGAUAAAAUCGGAUUCACCAUUUUUAGAUGAAACUAAUUUUGAAAAAAGAAAAAAUAGCUACCAACAUUUUUUGAAAAUCUACCGAUUUCAGCCGUGAACACUUUCGUUUGUUGCAGUACAUCUCAGAUAUGUUUUUCAUGGCAUGCAGCUUGGGUAAUAAAGAGAAUUCUGAUUCUCAAUUUUUCCCAACAAAAAGAAAGAAAGAAAGUUGAUUUCUUGAUUGUUUUAAUUUCUUUAAACUUACAGUUUCGAGGAACUGCCGCCUGUGGAUACUGCUCGAGGGCAUCGUAUAAUUUACAUCCCCAUUUAGGCAAAUUUUCCCCCUCGGCAAAGAAAAAUUACAUUCAAUUCUUUGUCCGUUCCUUUCUAAAACAAGGGUAAAUUGAUUCGACCAAAAAACAAAACAAAAAACUUGUAAACUUUUACAGAUUAAUAACAGUUUGAAAACUUGAGGUUCAUUAUAUGUUUAUCGAGUGAAACACCGACACUACAUUAUGGCUUCAAAUAGAAAGAGAUUUACAUCUUUAACAGAAAUGCUAGUGACUACUUGCAAGGACCAAUUUACGAUCUUAAUCAAACAGGACAGGUUGUCGCUGGUCCUGGAGCAAAGUAUCUUACUUUGCCUGGAAUUUUGGGCGCUGGACUACCGAAAAUAUCGUCUGAACAACAAGAUACCGUGAAUAAAGCCAAAAAAUAUGCCAUGGAGCAAAGUAUAAAAAUGGUUCUCAUGAAACAAACACUGGCUCAUCAACAACAGCAAAUGGCUAGUCAACGGAAUCAGGUGCAAAGACAGCAGGCUCUCGCCCUCAUGUGCAGGGUAUACGUGGGCAGCAUUAGUUUCGAAUUGAAAGAAGAUACAAUAAGACAAGCUUUCUUACCAUUUGGACCAAUCAAGUCGAUAAAUAUGUCAUGGGAUCCCGUGACUCAGAAACACAAAGGCUUUGCAUUUGUUGAGUAUGAGAUUCCUGAAGCUGCGCAACUCGCCUUGGAACAGAUGAAUGGCGUCAUGAUUGGUGGAAGAAAUAUCAAGGUUGUGGGCAGACCGUCGAAUAUGCCACAAGCGCAGUCGGUGAUUGAUGAAAUUACUGAGGAGAGUAAACACUACAAUCGCAUUUACAUUGCGUCAAUUCACCAAGACCUAACGGAGGAUGACAUUAAGUCCGUGUUCGAAGCAUUCGGUCCAAUCACGUACUGCAAACUGGCGCAGGGCAGUUCGCCGCACAGGCACAAGGGUUACGGGUUCAUCGAAUACGAAACGAUGCAGUCAGCUCUGGAAGCGAUCGCCUCAAUGAACCUGUUCGACCUGGGUGGCCAGUACCUCCGAGUCGGCCGCGCAAUCACGCCGCCGAAUGCGCUGAUGGGGCCGCCGAGCGGCACUAGUACGAUGCCGACGGCGGCCGCGGUUGCCGCUGCUGCAGCGACGGCUAAAAUCCAAGCUAUGGAUGCAGUGGCAAGUAAUGCCGUUGCGCUGGGACUCACGAAACUUGGAGCUACGACUCCUCCUCUCCUAAGUCAAGCGCUUCCCAAUAUUGCCCGCUCAACAACACCGUCGUCAACAGUAAUGGCACCACCUUCAGUAGCAACAAUCGCUCCUGUCAUUCCACCUCCGGGUAUUGCAAUUCCACAAACUUUAACACGACCUCCUGCCAUCAUUCAACCAAUUCCUGGUCAACCGGUCGCUAUUCCACCUCCAGCCGUUGUCGCUCCAACUUCAGUUGGCGCUCAAGUUCAAAUGCCUACAACCGCUUCAUUAACUGCAUCAAGUACGGAUAUAAUGAGACGAGCACAAGAGCAGGCAGCCCAUCAGAAACAACAGGAAGAAUUACAAAAGAAAUUAUUAGAAGAAACUGAACCGCAAACCUUGCAACAACAGGAGAAUAUGUCAAUUAAAGGACAGAGUGCAAGACACUUGGUUAUGCAAAAGCUAAUGAGAAAAGUUGAAUCCAGAGUUGUUAUUUUAAGAAAUAUGGUUGCACCCGAAGAUGUUGAUGAGAGUCUACAAGAAGAAAUUCAAGACGAAUGUUCAAAAUUCGGCGUUGUUGAACAUGUCAUUAUUUACAAUGAACGACAAUCCGAAGACGAUGAGGACGCUGAGGUUAUUGUGAAAAUAUUCGUAGCAUUUUCCCAAAUGAGUGAAGCUGAACGAGCAAGAGAUUCGUUAAAUGGACGUUAUUUUGGUGGUAGAAUGGUGAAAGGUGAACUUUACGAUCAAGCGUUAUUUGACAACAAUGACUUUUCAGGCUGAUUUUUCUUUUCUUUUUUACCAUCAGUCACGGUUGACAGUGAUCUAAGAGUUUAUCUAUUUUCUCCUAUGGAAGAAUACGUAUUAUUGUUGAAAACAGUUUGUGCUAAAGCAAAUUUUUAAUGCUGAAUGUAUGAAUGUUAAUUGUAACGAUUUUUCGAAUGACUUGUGUUUUAAUUUUUUUUUUUUUUUGCUGAAGUAGCAUAGUCUUUUAGUUUCAGUGGAAAUUCUGAAAUACGAUUGAAAAUGUUGCGAUUUUUGAGAAUAUUUAUACCGUCAAGAGAUAUCGAUUGAUAUUAUUUUUUAAAAAAAGUGAUAUGUUUACGGUGUAAAUUUAUUUAAUUUACACAAAUUCAGUAAAUUUGUGUAAAUUAAAAAAAUAAUGAUAUGUACAAUUAUCAUAAUACGAAAUUCCAACGUAUAUAUAUAUAUAUACAUCGUGUAACUGUACAUCGUAAUUAAUGACAAAUACAAUUUUUUUGAACGAA